AUGGCUACUACCAAUGAGCUCCCCGCUGUCGAUGUCAACAGCUACGACUACAUAGUCGUUGGCGGUGGUACUGCUGGCUGUGUGAUCGCCGCUCGUCUGGCCGAGUACCUCCCCAACAAGCGCACUCUAGUCAUUGAAGGUGGUCCCAGUGAUUACAAUGACGACCGCGUCUUAAACCUCAAGGAAUGGCUCAACCUCCUCGGCGGCGAGCUCGACUACGACUACGGCACCACCGAGCAGCCUAUGGGUAACAGUCAUAUCCGCCACUCCCGCGCGAAGGUCCUCGGCGGUUGCUCCUCCCACAACACUCUGAUCUCCUUCCGUCCUUUCGAGUAUGAUUGCCAGAACUGGGUUGCCAAGGGCUGCAAGGGCUGGGACUUUGAGACCUUCACCCGCAUCAUUGACAACCUGCGUAACACCUUCCAGCCGGUGCAUGCCCGACACCGCAACCAGCUCUGCAAGGACUGGAUCCAGGCCUGCUCCAGUGCUAUGGACAUUCCCGUCAUUGAGAACUUCAACGCCGAUAUCCGCAAGAACGGCGAGCUGACCGAGGGUGUUGGCUUCUUCAAUGUGUCUUACAACCCCGAUGACGGCCGCCGCAGCAGUGCGAGUGUCGCCUACAUUCACCCCAUCCUGCGCGGUGACGAGAAGCGUCCUAACCUGACCAUCCUUACCAACGCUUGGGUCUCCAAAGUCAACGUUGAGGGCGAUGCCGUGACCGGUGUCGAUGUGUCUCUGCAGUCUGGUGUCAAGCACACCCUGCGCGCUAAGAAGGAGACCAUCCUGUGUGCCGGUGCUGUCGACACUCCUCGUCUGAUGAUGCUUUCUGGUCUUGGUCCCAAGGAGCAGCUCUCCGGACUGGGCAUCCCCGUUGUCAAGGAUCUCCCCGGUGUCGGUGAGAAUCUGAUCGAUCACCCCGAGACUAUCAUCAUGUGGGAGCUCGAGCGCCCCGUGGACCACAACAUGACCACCAUGGACUCGGACGCUGGUAUCUUCUUGCGCCGCGAGGCCCCCAACGCCGCUGGUUUCGACGGUCGCGCUGCCGACGUGAUGAUGCACUGCUACCAGAUUCCCUUCACCCUCAACACCACUCGUCUGGGCUACGACGAGCCCAUCAACGCCUUCUGCAUGACCCCCAACAUUCCCCGCCCCCGUUCGCGUGGUCGUCUCUACCUGACUUCCGCCGACCCCUCCGUGAAGCCCGCGCUGGAUUUCCGCUACUUCACCGAUGCCGAGGGCUACGACGCCGCCACCAUUGUCGCCGGCUUCAAGGCUGCCCGUAAGAUCGCCCAGGAGUCCCCCUUCAAGCAGUGGAUCAAGCGUGAGGUCGCCCCUGGCCCCAAGGUGCAGACCAAUGAGGAGUUGUCCGAGUACGGCCGUCGCGCUGCCCACACCGUGUACCACCCCGCUGGUACCACCAAGAUGGGUAACGUUGCCCAAGACCCCCUGGCCGUUGUCGACCACAAGCUCAAGGUCCGCGGCCUCAAGGGCGUCCGUAUCGCCGACGCCGGUGUCUUCCCUGACAUGCCUACUGUCAACCCCAUGUUGACUGUUCUGGCCAUUGGUGAGCGCGCUGCCGAGAUGAUCGCCGAGGAGGCCGGCUGGGCUCGCAACCAGCCCCGUCUGUAA